AUGUUUCCUUUCCUACCAGGAUAUUGCCUCAAGGCCGAGAUCUGGCAAGCCGUUCAGGUUGGUGGACCUGGCUGGCUCUUGCCCUCCCUUGUGGCCUUUGCCUAUGGCUGCAUCGGCUGGUACCGGCUCUUCACCGCCUGGCAGGGUUUCCCCGGAGCACCGAAGAACGGCUACAGGGCGGCUUAUUCUGGGAGCGACAAGAGGGAACUCGCAGACUCGGAGGAGGUCGCUCUCUGCUCUGGGCCGACGGCAAGAGGCUUCUGCCCAGAGGGACCCUACCAUGCUCCGGACUUCCCCGAUCUCUUGGAGAUGCUCUGCAAAAGUCUGAGCCAGAACGACUUGCAAGCCGAGCGCUGGAGUAUGAAGCUUGCCCUGGCUGUGGCCAGCCUUGAUCCGGCCAUGGACAUCUACUCGGCACUCAGCCUCUAUGCAAAGGGCCAGCCCUACUAUGGGUCCGCGCUGCUCCUCGCCGCCUUGCUGCCAAACUUGGCCGACAUCUUUCAGACCCAGCACGGAGAGGAGAUGAUCAAUUCGCUCCGACGGGGCUUUGCCACGAUGGAUCUUCUGAAGCACCAGGCCCGGGAGGGAUACUGGGAGGGUACGGUCUCCGCUCUGGUGGCGAUCUGCGCCUUGAUGUACACGCCUACCUUGACGUCUCUGGACCUCUUCUCUCUAAGCUUCAACGUCCUCAGCUCCGUGGUUUUGAGCAUUCCCAACGGCCUCAAGGCUGAGGCUCUCCUGGAGCUGGGAGGCGAGGCCUACUACGAGAGGGUGCGAAGGAAGCGGGGCAUGGACGCCUACGAGAAGUGGGGUCGCAGCCUUCAGGUUCUGAUCUUCGGGCCCCUGAUCGCGGCUUGCGUGGCUUUGCGGGGCCAGCUCUUCCCACCCAGCGACGAAGCUGAGCAUGGGCUCUGCUUCUUGGCUGCUUGCGCUCUCCUCUUCUGCCUCUUUGCCGAGGGAGCCGGGCGCCGUGCCACGGAUGGCCUAAAGCUCCUGAGCUGCCUCUCUGCGCUGUGUUUCUGGGCCCUUUUCUGGCAGGAAUUCGAAGGGGAGGCGGUCGCCAAGCUGCGACUUCUGACGGGCUGCGUUGGCGAACGCUGCCGCAGUGGCCUUCGGAGCUCUUUGUUUCAGGCACCGUCGCCGCACUUUCGAGGAGGAGGAGGAGGAGGAGGGUGA